CCCUGAAGACUCUUGAUCCCUGGGCGGAAUUGCCCCCCUGCCAAGUUUCUUUGACAAUUUCGUACCCCUCUGUGGAUCAGGCUUCCGGAACCCCGCGUGGCCCCGGGUUCAGGGAUUCUGGUCACUGGGAGAGAGAAACCCGCGCUUUUCUAAGGGACCUGCGCGGUAACUGAUCCUUAAUCGAUUUGCCCUGAAUGGUUGCGAUUCCAUUUUUGUUUUCUGCUUUUUUUCUUCCUUCAGACAGUGAGUUUGUGGAAGCCUCCCCUGCGCCCUACAGCCCAGAGGAGUUAGGUCCCCCUUCUGCCUGUUACAGCCCCAGUAGCCCCGUCCAGAUUCUGGAAGACCCCAACUACUUUUUCGCAGACUUUCAGCCCUAUUCCGGGAGGCAUGAAGCAUCUCCUUUGACGGUGGAGGCAAACAGUAACAUCAGGGAAAAAGCUGUUGAGGAUCCUCUUUGUAACUUCCACUCCCCGAACUUCCCGAGGAUCUCAGAGGUGGAAAUGAGAGGUUCCGAGGAUGCGGCAGCUGGAACAGUGUUACAGCGGCUGAUCCAGGAGCAACUGCGGUAUGGCACCCCGACCGAGAACAUGAACUUGCUGGCCAUUCAGCACCAGGCCACAGGGAGUGCAGGACCAGCCCACCCCGCCAACAGCUUUUCUUCCACGGAAAACCUCACUCAAGAAGACCCACAAAUGGUCUACCAGUCAGCACGCCAGGAGCCGCAGGGUCAGGAACACCAGGUGGACAAUACGGUGAUGGAGAAACAGGUCCGGUCCACGCAGCCCCAGCAGAACAACGAGGAGCUGCCCACGUACGAGGAGGCCAAAGCCCAGUCCCAGUUCUUCCGGGGGCAGCAGCCGCAGCCGCAGCCACAGCAGCAGGGGGUGGUGGGUCACGGUUACUACAUGGCCGGGGGCCCCAGUCAGAAGGCCCGGACGGAGGGCAGGCCCACGGUGAACCGUGCCAACAGCGGACAGGCGCACAAAGACGAGGCGCUGAAGGAACUGAAGCAGGGCCACGUCCGCUCUCUCAGCGAGAGGAUCAUGCAGCUGUCGUUGGAGAGGAACGGUGCCAAGCAACACCUCCCUGGCUCAGGGAACGGAAAGGGGUUCAAGGCAGGAGGGGGGCCCUCCCCAGCCCAGCCUGCAGCUAAAGUGCUGGACCCCCGAGGUCCUCCACCCGAGUACCCCUUCAAGACCAAGCAGAUGGUGUCCCCGGUCAGCAAGACCCAGGAGCAUGGACUUUUCUACAGUGACCAGCACCCUGGGAUGCUGCAUGAGAUGGCCAAGCCUUACCCUGCCCCGCAGCCUGCGAGGACAGAAGUGGCCGUCCUGAGGUACCAGCCACCCCCAGAGUACGGGGUAACGAGCCGCCCGUGCCAGCUUCCUUUCCCGUCUACGGUGCAGCAGCACAGCCCGAUGUCCUCCCAGAACUCCUCCGUCAGCGGACCGCUGCACUCGGUGUCCCUGCCACUUCCGCCCGCGAUGACCCUGGCCGCCCCGCAGCCCCCGCCCGCCGCCUCCCCCAGCCAGCAGCUUGGUCCGGAUGCGUUUGCGAUUGUGGAGCGAGCCCAGCAGAUGGUGGAGAUCCUGACGGAGGAGAACCGGGUGCUGCACCAGGAGCUUCAGGGUUACUAUGACAAUGCCGACAAGCUCCACAAGUUUGAAAAAGAACUUCAGAGAAUCUCGGAAGCCUAUGAGAGCCUGGUCAAGUCAACCACCAAGCGAGAGUCACUGGACAAGGCGAUGAGAAACAAACUCGAAGGCGAGAUUCGAAGACUCCAUGAUUUCAACAGAGACCUCCGAGAUCGCCUGGAGACAGCCAACAGGCAGCUGUCCAGCAGGGAGUACGAAGGGCAUGAAGACAGAGCGGCCGAGGGGCUCUACGCUUCCCAGAACAAGGAAUUCUUGAAGGAAAAGGAGAAGUUGGAAAUGGAGUUAGCAGCGGUGCGGACCGCAAGCGAGGACCACCGGAGACACAUCGAGAUCCUGGACCAGGCUCUGAGCAAUGCACAGGCCAGGGUUGUCAAGCUGGAAGAGGAGCUGCGAGAGAAGCAGGCGUACGUGGAGAAAGUGGAGAAGCUGCAGCAGGCGCUGACCCAGCUGCAGUCGGCAUGCGAGAAGCGGGAGCAGAUGGAGCGGAGGCUUCGCACCUGGCUGGAGAGGGAGCUGGACGCGCUGAGGACCCAGCAGAAACACGGAAAUGGCCAGCCAGCCAGCCUGCCAGAAUACAAUGCCCCGGCCCUCAUGGAACUUGUGAGGGAGAAGGAAGAGCGGAUCCUGGCGCUGGAGGCCGACAUGACCAAGUGGGAACAGAAGUACGUGGAGGAGAGCACCAUCCGCCACUUCGCCAUGAACGCGGCAGCCACUGCGGCGGCUGAGAGGGACACCACGAUCAUCAACCACUCGAGGAACGGCAGCUACGGCGAGAGCUCGCUGGAGGCCCACAUCUGGCAGGAGGAGGAGGAGGUGGUGCAGGCCACCAGGAGGUGUCAGGACAUGGAGUACACUAUUAAAAAUCUGCAUGCCAAAAUCAUAGAGAAGGACGCCAUGAUUAAGGUCCUCCAGCAGCGAUCCCGUAAAGACGCCGGGAAGACGGACUCCUCCAGCCUGCGGCCUGCUCGCUCCGUCCCGUCCAUCGCUGCAGCCACCGGGACGCACUCCCGCCAGACCUCGCUCACCAGCAGCCAGCUAGCGGAGGAGAGGAAGGAGGAGAAGACCUGGAAGGGGAGCAUAGGGUUGCUGCUGGGGAAGGAGCACCACGAGCACGCGUCCGCCCCGCUGCUGCCCACGCCCGCGGCCCCCGCCACGCCGGCCGGCAGCGCGCACGCCAAGACGGGCAGCAAGGACAGCAGCACGCAGACGGACAAGGGCGCCGAGCUCUUCUGGCCCAGCGUGGCCUCCCUGCCCACCCGGGGCCGGCUGAGCGGGACCCCUUCCAACAGCCCGGUCCUGAAACACCCCGCGGCCAAAGGGGCGGCGGAGAAACUGGAGAAUUCUCCCAGCCACGGGAAGUCACCCGACCACAAAGGCCGCGUCAGCAGCCUGCUCCACAAGCCCGAGUUCCCUGAUGGAGAGAUGAUGGAAGUUCUCAUCUAACACGGCGGCCCUGUUGAAUUUCCCAACAGAACACUAACAAGCGAGGAACGUGGCAAAGAGAAAGAAAGAAAGACCAAGAAGGUUGUGAAUGGGUAAUCACAAAUGAUUUGAACUGAGGAUUUCAGAUUAGUAAGAACCCUUUUUAUAAAUGUUAAAAAAAAAAAACCAACAAAAAACAAAAAAACAAAAACAAGGAGACCUGCAUGACUGAAGAGGAAGAGAAGGCCAUGGAUUUCUACUACAUAUGGUGAAAGAAAGAAGAUGCAUGUAGGUUUGGAAACAGAAGAAAUAAGAAAUGGAAUUUUUCAUUGUACAGAAAAUGUAUCUCUUGGGGAGGGUCUGUGUACACCCAGUCUCUGGUUAUAAACAGAUAAACCUGAGCUUGGAUCUGCCUUGGAAUACGCCCAUUCUCCUUGCCUCAUAGCUUGUUUUGCUUAAGAAGAACCCCCUAGAAAUCUCGGAGCAUCCGUCUUGACGUAAUGUAGUAUCAUCUGUGUCCUCCGCGGGGUGUCCUGUGAAUGCGUGUGGACGUGUCCAUGAGGAGGGAUGUCUGAGGUGACGGGGGAUUGAAAAGCCCAUCUUCACCUCAUUACCUGCUGCUUUGGAUUUUCAGGAGAUCGCGGGGCCUCUCAGCUUUUCUGGAUUGAGCGGUAUUUCCUAAGCAGGAUGGGAACUUUCUGGUCUUAGUGCUCCUCCUCCCUCCCUCCUCUGAGUUCAUCAUGGUCUCUGCUUCAUUUUCUUUACCUUUACCCUUUUUUUUUUGUUUUCUUUUGGAAUAAGCCAUGGCAGAAUUCUUUAGCUCUGGGGUUAGCGCAGUCGUCUGAACAGUCAUCAUUCCUGCUGUGUUUCCUAGCAACCCGUGGGACAAAGCCGUGUGCCAGCUUCCUGGCUGUUUCCGCCCGCUUUGAGGAGCUGGGCUGCCCCCGGUCACCUUGUUCUGACUCUGAACUAGGUCAGCUCUGACGAGGUGGAAGACCCGUGACUGCUGUGGCAUCGUGCUUUCAGCUCACGGCGCUGACUUUUCUCUCCCAUCUGCUCUUGGGUGGAGUUUGGGAUCUCCACCUCAUUGCUCUGUGGAGGUAGGACAUUUAGGACUGCCCUCCAGGAAGAACACUUGAUUGGUGGCAUCCGGGAUCUUCCCUGGCGCCUUGUCCCCCUUUCUGCUGUUUGUGGUUCUCGGGCAUGUCCACGCCUCUGCCGGCCGUUUGCACCCCUCCGGGCGCAGUCGGUGAGCACGCAGACCCUGACGCUCAGUGUGUUGUGUCAGCACAUCAGUCAUCAGCUCUGCCCCGCCGGGAACUCGCUUUGGGUCUACACAAUGUGAUCGGGUUUUCCAAGGUUUGGUUUGGGACAACUUGUCCAAAGUAAGAUGGAAACACCAGGUCAAAGGGCCAGGAGGGAGUGAGGUCAUGGGCCUCAUCCAUGUGCUGUGAGGUUUCCCAUCUGACGCCUCAGACGUCGGCUUUCUUUACAAGUCUAGAAGGUGCUGGGCCAGGAGAGAGGAGAAGCUAGUCAGGCCGUCAGAUGCUCCUGCGGGGUCCUCAUAGUUUUCUCCCCCCAGGGCAGCUGGAUCUAUGUUUUUCCAGGUCCCUUCGCUCAUGCUUACUUAAGGGAAGAAAAAAAGACUGGGGUCUGAGGCUUUAUCAAGUCCCACCUAAAUGAAGUCCUGGAGACAUCACUUAGGACAUUUCGCUUGGGGAGCUCAUUUUAGGAUUGGCCACCCCACACGUGGACCUUGUCCCCUAGAAGUGGGUGAGAGCCAGAGCCCCAGCCCAGGUUCCUGUGCACCUCAUUGGCGGCUUGGGUGCGAGGCUCGCUCGCCCCCCUUGGUCCUCCGAGUUGCCAGACGUGUUCACUGUCAGCGCGCAGAUGCAGACGUCACCAUGUUUCAGUUGUCAAUCUUUUUUUCUUCUAAACUGUUGAGACUCCUCUGGAAGGAAAGGGACCUAUAGCUUUGAAAUGUCUUCUCUGGUGGCAGAUUGCCUCGCCAGGGCCCCGACAAGCUUCACCUGCAUAGCUUUCCUGAAGUCUUGCUGGCAUUUAGGAGACAUGCAGAUACGGAGCUCCCACGGUGCGUUCUGGAUGGUGUACGAUAUAUUAUCUCAUUGGGUUUUCAGAAAAUGAUACCAGCUCAGUUUUUUAGUGCCAACUGUAUGCAAGCACUGGGGUAAGUACGUUUCAGUGAGUCAUCCAACCAUGGCGGGGGGAGGGGGCGGUGGUGGCAACUUGAUCAGCCUUAUUUCCCAGAGGAGGAAAAUGGGUCUCAGGGAGGUUAAGUUCCUUCCCCAGGACAGGCUGGGGUCCCAACUGAGAGUCUGGGGAGAGGAGCUGUGCCUUUGUCACUGGCUGGACUGCCUCUGACUUGAUGCUAACAUGUUUGGGUGCUACAUCUUGGCCCACUCUGCCCCCUGUAUUUGGUAUACACACACACACACACACACACACACACACACACACACACACACACACACACACACACUGCACCCCCUCUCAGGAGCUAAGAAAUGACUAAAGCCCAGAACUGCUAGAACUCCCCUUAAACACAAGUAUAGAUGGAGGUCUUUGUGUUUGGUUAGAAGCAGGGCCACAAAAUCUAUUUUAAAAGCAUUUGCACGUGGCCCAGAGACCAGGCUCAGCCACCUGUGUCCUCGGGAUUCUGAGAGCUGAUGGUAUGAGAAAUUCCCCCUAUGGCAACCUUCUGAGUCCCAGAGACUGAUGCGAACUUGGAUGUCAGGUGCGGCUGGAUCCGGGAGGCGGUGGAGAAUAAAUUGAUUUGAACGUGUUCCAGGCAGGGAGCUCACACUUAGGCUUCCCAGAGCUGAGCGAAGAGGUGUGUUUUCUAGAACAGAGUCCCACUGCAUGUCUUGCACUGGUGCUGGGGUGAAGGUGGGCUUUGGGGUGCCCCCAAUGACCUCACUCCUCCUAAGCCAGACGGCUAGACUGUCUACUACAGUCUAGCCGUGGUACACAGGAGCCAAAGAGUGUUCUUACAACACAGAUUGUCCAGUGCACAGAUGGCUUCUUCUCAACCCCAAGCUUGAGGCAGCCAUGGUGUAUGCGUUAUAAACGUUGGUUUUCUUUUAUUUUUUCUUACUCAUUAAUCAGUGUGUUUAAAAUGUCUUCCUCAACGCGAGGAUUGUUUAAUGGGUUCAACAAUCUGAUGUGUGGCUCCGUGAGAGAUGGGCAGAGUAAUUAAGAAGUUACCAGGAGCUGAUCAUCUGGGAGCAUGGAGAGGUCAGCGUUGCAGUAAAUGGAUUUCUUCUGGAACUAAUAAGCAAUUGUUCCCCUAUUCCUUCUGAGUAGUGCCCCCUUUUCUCGUUUGGUGAUUUAACGGUAUAUAAAGACAUGUGUAUACGUCCGUGCAUACAUACGAGGUGUAGCUGAAAGGUUGUGUGUCGUUCCUUCUCUUAAUACCCAGAAGAGCCAGCGGUUUCAUCUCGCCCCACCUUCCUUAAAAGGUGGCCCUUUGGGAGACUCUGCUGAUUAUUACUACAGUGCUGCCCGCAUAGAAACAUUUUGCAAGCGCCUCUAUUAGAGUGGAUUUGGGCCCUGGCACAUUCCUUUGGUUAUCCUUUGAGAUGAGAAAUCAUCAUCCUUUGAGGAUGGAUAUAAGUUUGGAAAUAAUCCCCAGUCAUUCACUCAGUUGGAUAAAUAAAGAUGGGCGAUUAAGGUAAAUCACAUUCUUUUAGCUUUUUUAUUUCUUUUUGAAAAAAAAAAUCCUUAAGAUAUUCCUGGAAAUCAGUCUUUGGACUCCUAGCGACCGCUUCAAAGAAGGACAGUCAUCAUCAGUACAUGUAACUUCUGGUGGAUUCGUUUCUAAAGAUCCGUCCUCUCGCCAUGCCUUGUACGUGUUCACAUCUCCGCACACGCACAGAUGUAUAAACCCCAGUAGGUAUCCUGUAAAACUGUGUUAUACUUAAGUGCAUGUUAUUGUCAUGUUAUGCUAAGAUUGAGGUGUUUCUUUGUCAUGAAACUUUACUUCUUCACCGAAUUAAAAUCUUGUUUUCAAUUUACUCAAGUACCUAGACAGCAUUUUCUUGUUAUCAGCUGCUGAAGUUCUGGUGCCCAGUGCUGUGUUUCCAUGUGGUUUUCCUAGGAUGCUGUUCACAUAGACACCUGUAAGUAUUUAUUACAAAACAGAAGGGAAGCAAAUUGAUCCAGGGUGAUUUUUCUUUGAAUUAAGAUGUUUUCCCCUUUUGCGGAGGGAGAGGGGAGCCUCCUUCUCAGUGCGGCGUGUACAGAACUUGUGAAAUUCUGUGAGCAAGGCAGACUGUGUGCCCACCUCGGCCACAAACUCUGAUGGCCUGAGCGUCACCGCACUUGCCGCCUGCCUGUGCUUGGUGGCCGUGCGCUGUGUUCCCUCCAGUGGCCUCUGGUGUAACCUUUCGGAAUCUUCACGUGCUGGUCUGUAUCGCAAUCGGGGGUCAGAGCUGCACAGCUGGAUGGGUCUGUGUACAGAGCGGGGCAGUCCAAGAACACGGCAUGUCGCCCCCAGCAAAUAUUGAUCCUGUCGGUCAGCCAAAGAUUUUCCUGAUUCUUUGCUGCUUAAACUUGUGCCUUACUAUUGUAUAUAAUAAAUGGAUAAAACGGC